AGCUGCUUUUAUGAAAUUAUUUUUUGGGCAGUCUUACCGUACGCAGCCUGUGCGUUUUAAUUUGGGCCGGUUGGCACAUCUUAUAAACCGCAGUUUCAAACGGCGCGACACAGGACACCGAAAAAGAACCACAGGACAGAGUGCCGCUUUAUUUCCAUGAACGGUGUACCCACGUUUUCAUCUCAAUAAACCAAUGUGCAGUGCGUUAGUGUCAAACUUAUCUGCUUUUCGAGAAACACGACACUGUGCGUGCGUCGGCGUGAUGACGCUUCAUUCCUGUCGCAGUUUUUCAUCAUUUACACGCUCCUCAGCUGGCAUGAAACGUUCAGUCGUGAACCGCAUUACACGCAUGUUACAAGUAAAUAAGCCGUUUGUUUACCAAAUGGACUCACAAUUUUGAUAUCGGACUUUGUAUACAAAUAAGAGAAUAUUCGGGGUUCGGUUAGAUAUUCGAAGGCCAUUUGUUUGGAAUAUUCGUAUUUGAUUCCGAAACUCGCUAUUUGGAUGCUCCUUUGGGUGAUAUCAGUACCAAACUUAUUGGGUUCUUAUAUAGUGCGUCGAUCCGCUCACUGGACAUCUACGUAUAUAUAGUUAUUAUAACCACGUCCGCGUUUUUUAAUGUAGCCCGUAACUAAUUUUAAUCAAACGUGCAUCUGCUGCAGCUUCUUUUAAACCGCGCCAGUCUCGAUUAACGAAAAAGAACUUUGUUCGUGCGCUGCCCGCGUCACUGGAACUUGUGGGAUCGUUUUUCUUGCUGUGUGUGUGAAGGGCGCUUGGUAACAACGCGGCUACUUGGUGUAGCUGAGCAGCGUGGUGCUUGCAUCCGUCCGGCAUGUUGCGUUUGCUCACCUUGAGUGACGCGCUAAUGCUGCUGCGGUCUUCUUCAAAGCGGACUGCAGGAGCGCGAAAAUCUAACGCUCGACGAUAACACAUAUUUACUUAACACUGGACUUCUCCAGAGAGAAACGAUGCCAAAGAGAACUUUUACCGCGCAUUAGUGCCACUCAUGCUCUAACAUUAAUAAAGGAAAAAUGUGACAUCCACCCAAACGUAGCAAAUUGCUACACAGGAAACCCAUACGGGUUCCUCAAAAGGAAAAGCCUCGCAGUUGAAGAAAAAUUCGUCCUGGUCCGGGACUCGGGACCACCACCUUUCCGAGGCCGCCCCUCUACCAUCUGAGCUAACCAGGCGGCUAGCAGAUGGCAGGGCGAAGUCGAAUUCAUCAACAACUCAAAGCAAAGGCAAGAGAACUGCCAAUGUAUACAUUGGCAGUUCGCCAUUUGUUUGGCACCCGGCCUUCAGCCCAUACUUCGUUCAUUUUCCUCGUAAUGAUUUGUAUGACUUUGUCAUCUAGAUUUCUGAGGAGUUUGUGAGUCCAUCUGGGCCAGGGGCCGAGCGUCCGUUUAGGUCGUGAAGGGCGACGCAAUCUCCGAGACUUCGAAAUGACGAUCCAGCGAGAGUUGAGGUGUCCCCUUGCACUCGCGUGUCGGGUCGUCCCACGGGGCAGAUUUGUGCUCUACCAGAAGGUGAUGUCUGCCAGGGCGUCAGCAAAGUCCCGCGGACUCGUGCCUCCUUUCGUGUGGAGAUGAACGUACUGGCGAUUAUUGCACAACUGCUGCUAUUAGCUUCAUCAACAAAAAUAAUUACUUGUAUCGAAUACGUCACCACCAUCUUUUUUUGUUUUACGCGCAAGCGUACAUUCCCCGUGUGUGAAAUCGGCGAGAUUAAAGUCGGAGGCCGCCGAACUGCAAAAAGAAGCGAGCGCCGGAGGAGGAGGGCACCUAGAGGUGGAGAGGAGGAGCGCACGCCGGGGAAGUAUGGAGGAGCGCGCGGCGGAGCGGAGGAGGAGUGUCGGCGGAGGCGCGCUGGGUUCACCUCCUCUGGCAGUUACUCGCGUCUGUGUGUGCUAUAGACCAGAAUACGCUAGCCUCGCACCCAGACUAACCGAACGCAUACUCUCGCACCCGGAUUGCCCGGUCGACCAGCGCCAUAUUGUACUGGGCUGCCAAAGUGUGUUUGCCGGCGACCAGUAGACAUGGCAAGCGCUAGCUCUAGGACUCCAAAGUGCGGAAAUGUGCCCGUUCACGCGGAUCCAAAGUACAAGAAGUCAUAUGGGCAUCAUUGCGUCGUGUUUGGAUGCCAAAAUAACCAGUGGAAAAGGAGCCGGUUGCUUAGCGCUGUUUGCGAAGAGCACAAUACACGUAGGGAAUCGUGCCGGUGCGGUGUUUUCAGCCUGCACCGAUUUCCGUCCGCAACGAAGAAUGACAAGCUGCGCCACCGGUGGAUAGCUGCAGUGAGUAGGAAGUACUACCAACCCAGUGAAAAUGCACGAGUUUGCUCCGAGCACUUUCUGGACAACAAGCCUACAGAGCAGAAUCCCGUGCCGGUGCUUCGCCUUGGCUAUAACAAGAAGGUGGUGAAGGGCAGGCGUCUGCUAAUCAGGCAGUCAAAACGAGCUCACCAGUUGGUUGCCAAACGCGGCCAACCCAGUACUGACCAUGACAAACAAGAGCAAACUGAAAGUGCAGAGGACAAUGUUCUGGGUGCUUUAAUAAAAUAUGGCACCAACACAGUGCUGUAAAAUCCUUCACAGGUUACGUGCCAAAAAGCUCACACGUGUUCUAGCACAUAGCGCGCGGUUUGUACAAACGUAAUAGCGUACU